AUGGAUCCUCAACCUGGCCGACCCAAUUCACAAGUUCAACUUGUGCAUCCAGGACAUCUGUUGAGACCCUAUCUGGCAGGAGUCACUCAAGCAACUACAAAACUUGAAGGAGUUCUACAAAGUCUUCAAAGCAUUGGGAAUACGCAAUUUGCAACAAUAUACUAUGCUGCAACAUCUGUACUUGACAACCUCCCUGCACUCUACAGGAUAUACCAAACUAAAGAGAUUGACACUAAGGGGACACCACUACCUAGUAUUGUUGCUGAAGCACUUGACGAGACAACUGAACUUGUCAAUAUCCUAGAGCCCUUUGCUUGUGCCCUACUAUGCCUUGAAUCAACCCGUAGUAGCCUAUCAGACGUUUACUUCUUUUGGCUGGGAGCGCUUGCAGCAUUGGAUCAUCACUUUAAGUCCCAAAACUGUCUUCUUCUGCCGCAGGAUUGGGGCCGUCUCCACUGCAUUGCAUUGAAGCGUUUCAACAAGGCAAUCAAUGACGCACCAACUGAUGGGUAUGUGACGGCGUUCUUCUUAGACCCACGUUAUCAUGAUGUUGCUAUUUAUGCUUCCUCAAACGCCUGCUCCCGUCAGGCCACUGUUCUGCCUCCGGUUGAUUGUCCUCAAACCUCUAAUCCACAGCAACUAAACAAGUACAUCCUCAAUUGUGUUCAAAAGCAGUUAUUUGCUAUGCUAAAAGCGGAACUGGAGGCUGCCAAGGACAUCCCCCAUCACCCACUUCAUGCGUAUAGCCAAGACGCGCUAGUUGCAAAGGAACAACUGCGUGAACAACUUGAUUGCUAUUACUGGGCUGAUCAACAAUUUCUUUCACAAUAUCUUAUGCCCAAUCAAUCCGCUCUCCAAUACUGGCGCUCACAAAAGCAGUUUGAACAUAUGUUUAUACUUGCACAUUUGGCAGAGAAGCUUUUUUCCAUCUUACCAAACUCAAUGUGCAACAAAUGCGCUGGGUCUAGAUUGACCUAUCUUUAUUCUAAACUGCAAACACGCCUGGAUGCAAACAGCAUGAUCAAACAGAUUCAGUUCAUGCAAUGGGAGUCUCUGGUGAAUGGUUUGUUUUCAAAGAGACAGGAGAAGAAGCUUCCUGUCCUUUUUCGAUUUUCUGAUCUUCCUAGCAACUUCCAGCCCAAUUGUCAGGCUGACAAAGAUGCUAGCAAAAUCGCACCCGCACUUGAGGACAAGUGUGGAGAUGAAUGGCUUGAUUGCAGCAGAGCUGCGGCCCCCAUUGCUGAUACCAGCAAUAACAAAGAAGACACAAGAUUUGAGGAUAUUAUCAAUCUGACUUUGCAAGAGCUACUUGCCCUUUUUUCUAGCUACAACUCAUCAAUGCACGCCGCUGAUUCUGAGUCUCACUUGCCGCACGGUACAAAAGGCUUGGAAGGUGUUAGCAAGGAAUCCAAAGGCCCGCAGCGUGCAAUUUGGAGGGCAAGAGAUAUAAAUUGGGACUAA